AUGACUACCUACCUCAUCACACAAGCAACCGGCCAGCAAAGCCAGUGGGUCAUCAGGCACCUCCUCGAAGCUGGCGCCAAGAUCCAUGCCGUCGUCCGCGAUCUGCAAAAGGUCCCAUCAGUCUUGAAAGAGCCAGGUAUUACUCUCUUCCAAGGAGAGAGCAAGAACUUGGACGAUGUACUGGCAGCAGCCCAAGGUUGCCAGGGAGCUUUCCUCAAUACCGUCCCCUUUCCCGGCUUGGAGGCUCUCCAAGCCAAAACCAUCGUCCAGGCCUGCGAAAAGGCCGGAGUUGAGAACAUUGUUGCAGCAACCACCUUUUGCACGGGAAACAAAGACAUGUGGGACAACGAUGAAACCAAGGAAAUUCAACUGGAUGGGUACUUUUCGUCCAAAGCAGAGGUCGAGGACAUUGUACGCUCCGGCAAAUUCAAGGCCUAUACCAUCCUUCGACCUGCAGUUCUUCAUCACGACUUUUUCAUGCCAGGUGCUCUGGGAAACUUUCCUCGGCUCCCGACUCACGGAGAGUUGGAUGACCUUCUCGUCCAGGGCGCGAGGGUGCCUUACACGGAUGCGUACGACCUCGGGAAAUACGCAGCGGCAGCUCUGCAAGAUCCUGCUAGAUUUGCGGGACACGAGAUUGACCUUGGCAAUGAGCUCCUUACAUUCGAAGAAGUAAGGGAUGUCCUUGUAAACGUCAGUGGCAGAGAGGUCCGUGUGGUCAAACGUACCCCAGAGGAGUUGGAGAAGCUGGGUGCCAGCGUCUUUGGACAGAAAUUCCAGCUUUUCUCAAACAUCAAGGAUCUGACAUGGACGCCCGCCCAUGCUAAGAAGGUCCAAGAAGAGUACGGCAUUCCCUUUACGCCGCUUCAAGCAUCAGUGCAGAGGGAUAAGGUUCGUUUGUUGGAAUGUUUGCCAGCCAAGCAGUAA